AAAAACGAAUCCAAAAGGGGUUUAGUCCAAAAGCUGUCCGAGUCAAAAAAAUCAAACACUUACCCUUCAUUCCCUGUCUCUCACUGUUAAUAAAUUGGUUAAUUUUAGACAUUCUUCUUUAUAGAAUCUGAAAACGCCUGUAGUUUUCAGAUUUGUCAUAAUCGACAGUGUUGUUAAAUCUUGAUUCUAAUUAUGAAACGAGGUUACUCGGAAUCUCCAUCUUCCAGUUCUCAUGGACCUCCUCAAUCCAAAUUUAAGCACAACCCUGAAGGCGACACUCAUUUUCUUGAAGAUGAGAGUACAAAAAUCUUUGCUAGGAAGGUGGCUGAUCAUUACAGCGCGAGGACCAACCAAACUCUUGAAGAGCGCGAAGCAAGUCCUAUCAUUCAUUUAAAGAAACUUAACAAUUGGAUCAAGAGUGUCUUGAUUCAACUUUAUGCCAAAAGAGGGGAUGCAGUCCUUGAUCUUGCUUGUGGGAAGGGUGGUGAUCUUAUUAAAUGGGAUAAAGCAAAGAUUGGAUAUUAUGUUGGCAUUGAUAUUGCAGAUGGUUCGAUAGAAGACUGCCGAACCCGUUACAAUGGUGAGGCAGAUCACCAUCAACGCCGCAAAAAGUUCUCAUUUCCUGCCAGACUUAUGUGUGGAGAUUGUUUUGAGGUUCGUCUGGAUAGGGUGUUAGCAGAUGAUGCACCUUUUGAUGUUUGUAGCUGUCAGUUUGCUAUGCAUUAUUCGUGGUCAACUGAGGCACGUGCACGGCGUGCGCUGGCCAAUGUCUCGGCUUUACUUCGACCUGGAGGAAUAUUUAUUGGAACAAUGCCAGAUGCCAAUGUCAUCAUCAAGAAGCUAAGAGAAGCUGAAGGGCUAGCCUUUGGUAAUAGUGUCUAUUGGAUACGUUUUGAUGAAGAAUUCUCAGAGAAGAAAUUUAAAUCUUCAAAUCCUUUUAGCAUCAAAUACAAGUUCCAUCUGGAGGAUGCUGUUGACUGUCCCGAGUGGAUUGUCCCUUUCCACGUCUUCAAGGCAUUGGCGGAAGAGUAUGACUUUGAGCUAGUUUUUGUGAAGAAUAACCACGUAUUUGUGGAGGAAUACAUGAAGAAACCAGAGUUCGUUGAACUAAUGAGGAGGCUCGGUGCGUUAGGUGAUGGGAACCAAGACCAAAGUACUCUAUCACCAGAUGAAUGGGAGGUAGCCUACCUUUAUUUGGCAUUUGUUCUGAGAAAGCGAGGGCAACCAGAUCAAACACGAAGAAACCCCAGACGAGACAAAGGCAAGAUGCAUUUGACGAAAGACGAUAUCGAGAAUGUUAAUGGUGCAGUGUAGUGCAUUUGCUCCAACCUCGGGAUGUGAAAAAGACUGCUAUGGCACAUGAGGAAUUAUCUGAAAGGAAGAGGAACAGUCAACAAAUUGUGCCCCUUCCAAGAGAUGCUAAUCAAUUUUGCAGAAUAAAGACUAUAGUUUUGGCCUAAUUAUUUGUUACAACUUCAACUUGCUAUAACAGUCCAGCAUAAAAGUAGGCCAGCAUUGUUAAAAGAAACUGGCUUCUUUCCAGUUGAUGUGGACAGAGGUGGCUGAUACCAAAGAUACCAGUGACAAUGUCUGCCCACUUGCAACUUACCUUGUAAUUCUGUGUACCAUUAUAAAUUGAAAGAGAAUGAAAAUAGCCAAAAAUUUCUAUUUAUAUCAAGAUCAAUUUUUUAUAAA